GGUUGACUUAACAGAAAAAAAAUUGGAAAGAAGGAAAAGCUUAUUCAUAAAAAGCGGGGCAAUACGCCUAUGAAAAUAAGGAUGAUUAAUUGUUUUGUCUGUUUGCCGAUUCUUCCCCUGAUUGUCUUUGUUGGGAAUUCACCUGUUUGUCUUUCGGGUAUCAUGUCAUCAUUGUUUGACCUGCAAACUGAUUCAGCUGAUUACUAUUACUAUGAAUACAGCAAUGAAUAUAUGCAGCCAGAACAGGAUGAUACCAGAUAUGCCAUCUCUGCUACAGAUCCUGAGUGGUUUCAUGAAUACUUCUAUUAUGAUGUAAAUCCGUGCCAGACCAAGCCAUGCCAGAAUAAUGGUCUAUGUGAACAGAACAAAAACAGCUAUACAUGUCGCUGUCCCAAACCAUACGAAGGAUCUAAGUGUGAGAAUGUGAAAAACACAUGUCAAAGGAUCAACUGCAAUAGAGGAGAUUGCCUUAUAAGUUUAAGAGCUCCUUAUUAUCAAUGCAGUUGCAGACACCCCUACAAAGCACCAUUCUGUGACAAAGCACAAUCAGCUUGUCGGCCAAAUCCUUGCAAAAAUGGAGGCAUCUGUCAGAGGCAUCGAAUAAGGUCCAACUUCAGCUGCAAGUGCCCUGAGCCAUUCAGAGGGACGUUCUGUGAAAUAGAUGCUGAUGACUGUUUUGAAGAAAAUGGCCACUCAUACAGAGGAAAUGUUAGUCGAACAAUUCUCCGGAAGACCUGCCUUCACUGGAACUCUCACCUUCUCCUAGAGAGUAAUUAUAAUGCAUUUAUGGAAGAUGCUGAAGAUUACGAUCUUGGUGCCCAUAGCUUCUGCAGGAAUCCAGAUGGUGAUGAAAAGCCCUGGUGCUUUGUCAGUGUGAAUAACAAAUUGAAAUGGGACUACUGUGAUGUCUCCCCGUGCUCCCCAACAGAGUCCUCUAGGAAUACAAUCACCAAGAGACCUGCUGUGGAUAACAUCCCCAGUACAUGUGGACAACUAGAGACAGCAAGGCCAUUCAAGAGAAUCUAUGGCGGUACCAAGUCAACUCCUGGCAAGCACCCAUGGCAGGCUUCUCUUCAGAGGAAAGUUCACAUGGGCAUAUUUUUUCCAAAGGGACAUUUCUGUGGAGGAGUACUAAUUGAACCAUGCUGGGUUCUUACUGCUGCACAUUGUGUUAUUACAGAAGCACACACCCUGCAAGUGUUCCUUGGAAAACAAGAUCUCAGUAGAAAAGAACGUCAGGAACAAAAGUUUGAUGUAGAAAAAAUCAUUAAACAUGGACACUAUGCAGAAAGGGAGGAUAUCCCAUACAAUGAUAUUGCUUUGCUGAAGUUGAAACCAGUUGAUGGCCACUGUGCAGUGGAAACAAAAUAUGUCAAACCAGUGUGCUUGCCUGUUUCUACAUUUCCUGUUGACACAGAAUGCUAUAUAUCAGGUUGGGGAGAAACUGAAACAGGUGAAUCAUCUCAUCAGCUGUUAGAUGCCAGAGUAAAGCUGAUUUCCCAAAUGCGGUGUAACGCACGAAGUGCACAUAAUAACAGACUGGAUGAAAGCAUGCUUUGUGCAGGAAAUCUUCAGAGAACAGGCACCGAUACUUGUCAGGGAGAUUCAGGAGGCCCUCUAACCUGUGUUAAAAAUGGCUCUUAUUACAUUUAUGGAAUUGUGAGCUGGGGAGAACAUUGUGGGUUGAAAAAUAAACCAGGAGUUUAUACCAGUGUGACAAGAUUUCUCAACUGGAUUAGUACAAAAAUUCAACGUGAGUCUAGUUCUCACAUCUAGGAAAGACCUUCUGAAAAUAAACAAAGAAUCUCUGCUGCAUCAGGAUUGAUUCUGGCUUGUUGGGAUCCUUCUCCUGUUGUCUGCUCCUGACAACCAAAAUAGAUUCUUAACAUGAGCUGAUACAUACAAUGCCUCAUCUGGUACUUUAUCUGGUAAAAUAUUAACAGUAUGCUAAGGCCAUCUUUCUGGAGCUGGAUACUUUUGAUAACUUGGACACUGUGUUACUUAUGUACAACUGUGUUACUUAUGUACAAUGUCUGGGUUCUCCCAACUUCUCUGUGAGUAUCAAAUGCUUUAGAUCGGGGUCACUAAUGUGGUACCUGCAAGCACAAAGGCCUUCCCUGACACCUGCAGGUUCCCUUUCCCCACUGAAAUUAGGCUUGAAAAAAGCAUUGUAUUAUAACCAAUAAAACAGGGUGCAGUACAUA